AUGGGUUUGGUUGAUGAAAUGAAUGAGGCAUGUAAUACGGAAGAAGAGAAUAAUUUCAGUUUGGUUCCUACUUUGGACAUGUCAUUUGACACAAUGGAAGAUGCAAAGAAAUUUUAUCAAGAAUACGGUAAAAGAUGUGGAUUUGGCAUUCGAACCAGAACCUCUAAAAGGGAUAAGAACAACAUAGUGUAUUACUUGAGAUUGGUUUGUUCCAGGGAAGGUAAAUAUGUUUCCAACAUUCGUCCAGAGGUCAAAACUCUACCAAGUCAGACUAAUGAAUGUCCUGCUGGAAUAACCAUAGCACGAAAAAAUGAGAAAUGGUUUGUUAGAACUGUAGUUUUAUAUCAUAGUCAUGACCUGUGUCCACAAACCUCCAAUCUAAUCCGUGGUAACAGGCAAUUGAACAUGCAUGCGAAGCACACUUUGGAAGUGAAUGAUGAUGCUGGAGUUCGUACUAAUAAGAGUUUCCUUAGCAUGGUUAGUGAAGCGGGUGGAUAUGAAAACAUGCAAUUUGUUGAACGAGAUGCUAGGAACUACAUUGGUCAGCAUAGAAGGUCACUGUGUAAGGAAGGUGAUGGACAGGCAUUGCUUUGA